AUGGUAAAGGAGAUGAUAGGGGGCUGUUGUGUUUGUUCGGACGAAAGAGGAUGGGAAGAAAACCCGUUGGUUUAUUGUGACGGACAUGGCUGCAAUGUCGCUGUGCAUAAAGGUGUUUGCUCUUGGCGCUGUUUAUUAUUUGUUCGUUGUUCACUGAAGAUAUGUCUCUGAUCGUUUUAUUUUUUUGACCAUCAGCUUGCUAUGGAAUCGUUCAUGUACCUAAAGGACCGUGGUUUUGUCGAAAAUGCGAGUCUCAGGAGAGAAUCGCUCGAGUAGUGAGUUAUAUACUUUACGUUGUUUAAAUGUUAUUAUUGACAGCCCUGUUCAUAUGAAACGACAAUAUUGAUGAUUGUUUAGCGGAAUCCUUCCCCCAAAAUUAUUGGUAUAAGGAAUUUUGCGUUGCUCUAACAGGAAGAAUUGUCACGAACUUCUUGUUUACAAGUUGGCGUGACCUGCAGGUUGACUUACAUGUAGGUUGUAGAUUUCAUGCUGACAGUUCCAGUUCAGUUAUUCAAAUUUCGUCAAUAGAGUAAUUCGUGCGAGGUUUAUCAUUAGUGUAAGAGAAGAGCCAAUCUGUUUUGUUUCCUGAUAAUCAUGUACAAGUUGUGAAUUUUCAGUUUGAAUGUUUUUAAAGUUGAAAGUCUAACAGUCUAUUUUUUGUAAUUUUGAAAUAAACAGUGGAAAAAUGGGAAAACUAGGGAUUUGAGAUUUUUCUUGUGUUAUCGACUUAACGUGUUUCUGCCAAAGUCACUAGGACUUGCAUAAUUUAUCUAAUAACCAGUUAAAUUUUUGGCUUGUAACAACGGCCUUGUGUUACAUGUAACUAACCUUAGAUGGCAUAAAUAUUCAUUGUUUCUUUGGCCUUUAAAAAUGAUGGUUCACUGAGUAAAUAUUGAAUCAAUGAAUAUAUAAUUAACAGUUAUUGGACGAGGUUGAGCCAAAUAUUGUAAUUUGUCAGUGGCGAGCAGAUCAAUAAUUUGCCAAAGCAGAAGGCUGAGGCAAAUAAUUGCGAUCUACUAUUUUCACACAAGAGUGAUCGCAAGAAGCAGAAAAGCGUGGUUUUCAUGACACAUGAGCAGAAUAUUAUUUGCAGCCAAACACAGCUGGAUGACAUUGCACAUGAGCAGUAAAAAGGCAGUUAUUUAAUUUGUAGGUCAUAUUGUACACACUCAUCCAACAAAAAAGGAAGAAAAUUUUGCAUUGAAUGAUAAUUUUAUAUAUUGGAACUGCAAAAUGAAGAAAUAAAUGCAAAGAAACAAUACAAUACAAUAUAAUACUUUAUUCAAGAGAUAAAAACUAAAGUUCCAAAUACCUCUCGAAAGGGGAUAUCUAGAGGUCAACCCUAUAUGAAAGAUUCCCGAAAAUAAAAGAUGAAAAUGUAAAAUCUAGAAUCUAAAACAUUAUAUUCAGAGAGAAAAAUCUAAAACCUGAAAACUAGAAUAAAAAAAAUUAUUUGCACAUCCUAAUUAAAACUAUUUACAAUCGUAUCAAUUAAUAUUCACAUAAAUCCUUAAUCUGUUGUGAAAUAAAGUCAGCGAUCCUGAGUGUACCACAUCUUUAGGCAAGUUAUUCCACGCAUUAACAAUCCAUACAAAGAAAGAAUAUUUGUAGCAAUUUAGGAUGGCAACUUUUACAUAAAAAUUAUAAUCGUGAUUAGCUCUAGUUAGAUGACACUUGGUAAUUUCAAAAAAGUCCAAAAAAGGAAUUCUAUCUAUUCCAAAAACUAUCUUGUAGCACUGAACUAAAGAUAAGAACUCUCUGCGUUUCUCCAAAGAAGAUCAUCAUAGUGAAAGUCAACUUAUGCAGUUGUGAAGAGGAAGCCCAAAAAUUUUCAGGCUUUCUUUAGAAAACUGCACAAGCAUCAACUUUAACUGCCAUAAUUGAAUAAAGACAUAUAUUCUUUCUAACUUUCUGGUUCUUGAUUUGCUUGCACAGAAAUGUGAGUUGUGUCCAUAUAAAGAGGGAGCAUUGAAGAGAACAGAUACUGGAGGUUGGUGUCUUUAUUUAAUCCUUAAGUUUUUUGUUGCAUUUGACAUAAGGAGAAGGAAACCUAAAGUGUAUGUGUAAGAAGCCUGGGUUAGAGCAUUUACUUUUAGCAGAAAGAAACUCAAUUUUUGGUAAAAUAUGGGUCCAGUACCGGAUACACAAAUUAUAUUUCAUAGACAUUGUAGUCCCCAUUCCCAGAGCUUGUUGUUUUUUACACGUAAGGCGUACACUUUCAAAUGAUUGCUUUGACACUUUUAAAAACAUGUUGAGAAAUGCUAAAUAGAUAAUAUUAGAUAUGCUAUCAUUUUUCUACAACUUGUGGCAUGUUCAAUAUGCAAUUAUUCUUCCACCAGACAACUAGAUAAUGCCUGCUUUUAUCUCUUUGCAUUAUCCAUUUUCCUGUCUCUCCCCUUCCUCCAAGUAUGAUCAUCAUUACCGUAUUUCUUUGAAUAAUAGCUGGGGCGAUUAUUUCUUUUUCGCACAAAAGCGGAUGAUUAUUCGAGGGAAGGUGAUUUUUUGAGGGAGGUGAUUAUUUUAAUAUUGCUCACUGGAAGUCAUUUGUUUUACUAAAUUAUGCCAUUAAAUUAAAAAAUAAGGACAUUGAAUUAACUGAACAUGGGCUUUUUAAGUGUUCCAAAUUAAGUUCCUAGCUUGAAUCAUCACUGAUCAGUCUCGCAUGAAUCUCAUUUCACUUCAACUUGACAGGGAGGGGAUAAAAGGAACAGAAGAUAGCGAGAGGAGUGGUGGGAAGGCAAUUAUUUUAAAUAUCUCUGUCCAAGGGGGAUGAAUAUUCAACGGACGCCAUUAAUCGAGGGACAGCUAUUAUUUGAGGAAAUAUGGUAUAUCCUCCAAUAAAUCAACCAACAUCUAAAUAAAGGCUUUCCUUUUUCUACAAAGAACCAUGAGCAAGUUAAGUUUAGGCCAGUUUAUUGACGUGGCCUUUAAGCAAUAGAAACAUUUUCCGUGUUUGCAUAGCCUGAUAUGAACACAAAAGCGGUUGGGAGAAUUCAAGACGGUUAUGCAAACCUGAGACGAAGUUUAGGGUUCAUAAAACUGUUGAGAAUUCUCCCAACCCCACUCUUGUUUAUAUCAGGCUAUGCAAAUAGAGGGAAAAAAGAUUUGUAUUGCUUAUAUUUAUUACCGGGGUAACUUGCCCAAGAAAAAUUGCAAAACUCAUUGUUAUGACACUGAUUAAAAGAGAAACUCUUACCAGUCACGAAGUCUUGUAAACAAGGUCUUGCUCACAUAAUUAGUUCUUGGUUCUUGAAAAAGGUGCUUUCCAAAAUGCGGAGUUUUCUCGCUUAAACCGUCAGCUUAAGCAAAAUGAAAUUGACACAUUUUCCAAGGUUCAGCCAACAAGAGAAUGGGUACAUAAAGUAAAGUUGUUGAGUUUUCAACUCAAAAACUUUUUCAAAUUUGUGCUUGUGUGAUUAGCGCACAAAAAGCAAAACAUCGUGAUGUCACAACCAUGUUUACAUACUCUCAUGCGAACACGUCUCUCAGCCAAUCAGAGGGUGUGUAAAAAUGUAUUUACAUGUACAUGUAUUGCAAUCCUGCACCCAAAGUUUGAAGACUACAGCUCAAGAGAGGGAACGCUCAAUUUCUAGUGCAGACUAGAGCGGUUUUCAUUUGAGUGUCGAAAGGGAAUUGGUUUUGCACUUUCUACACGAUGCGAUUGGCUUAAAAGAUUCGCGCCACCUUUUCAUCCAAUCAGAAGUAAAAACAAAGCCAAUUGUGACACGCUCGCAUGCAUCUUCCCGCGCUUUGCGUCAGCCACAUGUAAUUACUUCGAGUUUUGAUUGGUUCAAUGUAUUGUCUGUGUCCUAUGUGAUUGGCCAGAGUAAUUACUUUGGUUUUGGUUUUACGACACUCAAACGAAAACCACUCUAAUGUCAUUUGUCAUGUGUUACAUUGUACGUGUAUCAUGACCCAUUUUCCUGCAGCCAUUAAUACAGUGGUAAUAGUGAAUUAAUGAUGGUGGAGUUACAUGUGUCAUGACUUUUGGCCCCUGUUAUAAAAUCUUGCUGGUUAGAUCUCUCAUGGUAAUGUUAGAUCAACGUACUGACAGCUUCCUUGAGUAAUGAAGCUUACAUAAGAUUAAUUGUGGCUGGCUGAAUGUGUCUUCUUUUUCUGUGUAUCAGGCUUUAAUAGACCAAAUGUGCCUCUCUACAUGAAAGCCUUUAUACUCUGAUUGGCCUUUACUCAUAAUAAUAACAUUAUUAUGUAGGCAUGUAUACAGCUGUAUGUGUUCAAGUUACCUUCCAGUUUACAACUUUUUGUCUGUGUUAACAGGCUGGGCGCAUGUUGUUUGUGCACUAUACAUUCCUGAAGUGAGAUUUGGAAAUGUUACAACAAUGGAGCCAAUAAUUUUGGCCUCAGUGCCACAUGAUCGCUUCUGUAAGGUACUGCAAAUAUUUUUAUUGUGAUCCAUAUUAAAAUAGACUAAUGCAAAAAAUUCUUUGUACUCAAUUUACAACCAAGUUAGCAAGUCAAAGAAAUUGUCUUAUUCAAAGUGAUAAAUAAUGUAAGCCACCAACUUAAAACUUGGAGCAAAGCAGUUCUGGUUUUCUUUAUUAAUUUGACUCCUUGUGAAUGCUCAAGGUUAAUCCAACCUACCAGAAGGGGACAGCUCCUGUAAGCCUCCCAUAUUCUCUUUUCUGAUAUGCUGUUGUUGGGCAACUCCCAGCUUAGCAUUAAAAGGACAAUGUGAUAGGAAAGAGAUUGUGAUGACAGUGCUUGUCAUCACGCCCAUGCUCUUGAAUGCAGGGCUGUCAAAAGUAGCAAGCUGCCGGAAAAGAUCACCACCUACUUGUUAUUAUCGACCGGCUACUCUAAUUGGCAUUUCUUUAUGGAUGGCAUUUUUUAAAUAAAAUAUCCCUGGACUGGCCUCUUAAUUUGACAACUCAGCUGUCUACUUCAAAACUUUCUGAUAACCCUGCGAAUGGGUUCUUUUAUGAUUUAUUGGUAACAGAACAUGGUUAGCUUGUAUUCAUUAAUGAGGGAACCUUUGUAUAUUGUACAUGUACUUGUAGGGUAAUUGACAGAAAAUUAAGGGGAAUAUUCUUGUGAUAUUCCUUGUUUAAAGAGCGUGUUCAAGGUGUAUAUCUUCUGGUGAUCAGUUUUAUUUAUCCUUACAACUCUUCUUUUUUUGAUUAAAAAGAAAUACUGUUUGUGUAUUACAUGUAUAAAGAAAGGAAAAAUAGAUGCUGGUAAUUUUAUGUAUUCCAGUGGAUUAAUGUGAUCCUUCCAGUUGGUUUGAUUUGUUUGUUUUAUCUUUACAUUUGUGAUCAGACUUGCUAUAUUUGUGAAGAAAGAGGACGAGAGAGUAAAACAGCACAUGGAGCCUGUAUGAACUGUAACAAGACUGGCUGCAGGCAUGCUUUCCAUGUUACUUGGUAUGGCUUUAUGUUGCAUAUCUGGCAUUAAUAAAUUUUUCCUUCUACAUAUAUUAUGUACAGGUUUUGAGUAAAUGUGAUUCCUGUUCAUAGUUGUCAUGUACUGUGUUGGAUUUUAGUGCUCAGAGCUCUGGCUUGUUAUGUGAAGAAAAUGAUGGCCAGUCAGGACCUACUGUCAAGUAUGUUGGUUAUUGUCAGUUCCAUUGGAACAAAAAGGUACUGGUUUUGUCUUUUGAUGUUUUAUUGAUUACUUAGCUCUUAUUAACCGAGUGGUAGGUCUGUAUGGGAGAAUCUUGAGCGAGGUCGCUAGUACAGACGGAACGCAGUGAGGUCUGUACCAGCAACCAAGGUCAAGAUUCUCCCACACAGACCGGCCUAGUUCGGUUAAUAAGAUGUUAUCAUGUGGCCAAACAAGAAAACAAAGGAACAAAAACAUCAAUUUCGACUUCAUCUUUGCUUUUUGCUUCCUUGGCAGGGCUCAGAUUUGCCAACAUUUGCUCGUUUUCUUUGCCUGCUUCCUCGUGAAGGUCCACUGAUUCUUCCAUUUAGUAUUAUUAACAGCAACAAGCCAAUUUUUUCAUAUUCUUUGUUUGUAACGUUUUUGAGGACAACUGUUACAACAAGAUCAGUCUAGAUGCCGGUGUAGAUGGGAAAAUCUAGACCAAGGUCAAAAUCGAUUUUAGCCAAUCAAAUUCUUGAAUUUGUUUGUUCCCAGUCCUUUUGAGACAUGGCCUUAUAAAAAAUACCACUUAUUAACCUUGUCUGCUGGAUCAUUACAGGUCAAUCUCAGACCAAGGCCUUGUAUCUAUAUCAAUUAAUAUUAUUUAUUAACGAUAGCAAGGUCAAUACAUCAAGGCCUCAGUCUGAGAUUUCCCUUUGAUGACUGAAUGGAUGAGGUUAAUAAGUUAUUUAUUAUAUGGCCUUUUUAGUGCAAUAAUAUAAAACACCAGAAGUAAUUGAGCCUGUGAUCAAUCUAAGCCAAUAACUGGUCAGCAGAUAACUUAAAAAACACAUCUCCUCAAUGCAUUGUACACUUGACAGGGUUCAUACAGAGACUUGAAUUCUUGAAAAAGUCUUGAAAUUUGCCCAGUAAUUUUCCAGACCUGGAAAAAGUCUGGAAAAUGGAGAUAAAGUCUGGAACAUGAACACUAUUGUAACCAUGUAAUAGCGUACUUUAGAAUUAAUAUUUUUUUGGCAUUCAGGUGGUUAGUUCCAUAGUACUAUAAAAUUUUUCAAGAAUAAAGAGGGCAACAUUGGGUUCACAAAACUAAGGCCAUAUAAUUUUUCCAGAACUAGCUUAAAACAGUAUAAGAAGGUCAAUGAACCCUUGGGUGCAAUGUCACUUACUUGUCCUGUUUAGGGGAUAGAUGUUGUUGGUAAAAUCCAGAGCUGUAAAUUAGGGCCAUAACAAGAUUCACCUUUACGGCUGAGCUGAGUAGGUGACACUAUAGCCUUUUGGCAAGAUGUCAUGGUUGGAAAAUCAUUAUUGCCAAUGUGUCUAGUUUCACAAUUAAGCUCUUUGAUGCACGAGUAGUUACCAAAAAUACAAGUACAGCACUUCCCCAUCCCUCUGCCUCCAAAAGGAAAACUAAAUUGAAAUCCAGCUGGUGUCGUUAAAGCAGGGUUUAACUGUACAUGUAUUUGUUGUUGAUAAUAAGUUAGUUUUGUAAUUCCCUUACAGGCCAAAGGCAUUCUUUUCAACACCAAACCAACAGACAAACCAGGAAAAAUAGCUGACAAAGAAAAAGAAAAGGACAACAAAGAAAAAGAUAAAGUUGAUAAAGAAAAAGAAAAAGAGAAAGAGAAACCUAAAAACAAGACUGAUAAAGAAAAAGAAAAGAAGCCUCCCAAGCCGAGACUUUCCACUGGCACUGCAGCGGCAUCUACCGAGCAGUCAACACGACCUGAAAACGGUGCUUCUGGCUCAUCAAGUCAGCCCUCUACUCCAAAACAGAGGGGUAGAAAGCCUUCGACUGUGAAAGCAUCAACUGAUUCUCCAGAUGCAAAGACAACACCAGAGACGCAAAAACCUGCGAGCAUUUCAAGCGGUAGCCCACGACAGUCACCCUUGCCAGGCUUGGUACAGUUACCUACAGAACCUGUUCAAAUUGAUAGUGCUGGUCCAGUGUUGUCCACCAAGGACAUGACCUCUCCGAGAGCAAUGUCAUCCUCAGUGCUUGUUCCAGAAAUGAUUCCUAAAACGGUCACCACUCACUUGCAAGAAAUCUCUCAGACUGCCACAAAUGUUCUUUUUCCUGANGGUCCAGUGUUGUCCACCAAGGACAUGACCUCUCCGAGAGCAAUGUCAUCCUCAGUGCUUGUUCCAGAAAUGAUUCCUAAAACGGUCACCACUCACUUGCAAGAAAUCUCUCAGACUGCCACAAAUGUUCUUUUUCCUGAGAUAACACAACCAAUGGACGUGAUAAUGUCACCUGUAACAAGUACACCCAAACAAACGCCAAAACAGCCUGCGGCGAGUAGUGUCCCAAAACAGCCUGUGGCGAGUAGUGUCCCAAAACAGCCUGUGGCUAGUAGUGCCCCAAAGCAACCGCCAGCAAGUAGUGUGCCCAAGAAACGGCCUGCUAACAAGGGUGGUGAUGAACCGAAGAGAAAAGUUGGCAGACCGCCCUUGAAAUCUAAGGCAAAUGCUUCAACCGGAGAUCAUAAGAAUAACGUUCGUACUUCUGCCGCUAACUUGGUGACAUCUCCCUUGAAUACAGCAUUUCCCUCUACCUUUUCCCAAGAUACUCAAGGAACAUCCACGGCAAUGCCUUCAUAUCCCAGCUUUUCAAGCCCGGGUAUGUUCAGUGGAAGCAACCAAGGGACCAGUGUUCCUCAGAAUGGUCCCCGGACGCCAAGUCCUAAUCCGUAUAUGAUUCCACAGCCCCGCAACAGAGGACUGUUGGAAAAUGGGCAUGUACAAAGACCCAAUAAUGUGAACACAGGCCCCUUGUAAGUAUCUGAAAUACAAAUAGCUGCAGCAGGGUCCAUGGGCGUUCUUUUUUAGGUUUCAUUUAGGGUGAUUUCAUUUACUAGUUAGUACAAGUGUAGGUAUUUAACAAUUAUUCCUUAAGCCCGAUUGGGCUCUGAGUCAAUAGCCCUAGGGGCCGAAUGCUGAAUGGGCUAUUGACUCAGAGGCCAUGAGGGCGAGAGGAAUAAUUGUUUUAGUAAAAUCCAACUAGUUUGUCAAAAAUAUCGAGAAUAAAAAAAAAUUAGCUAGUUAAAGCUAGACUUUAAUCCUUUUUUCCGCCAAAAAGCCCGCGCUUUUCGCUACUAGGGGGCUAUAGCAUAUAGCCUAGUUGUAGCUCAACCAAUCAGAACGCAGCAUUGAUAAUAGACCACUAGUUGGAUUUUACUAAUAAGGGACAUGUGGAACAAUAGCCUGAGAAAACAGACGGCAUUUUGCGAAGCCACCUCUGGUUUUCCCGCGAAAUAACGUCUGGGGAACCACUGCAGAAAUUCCAUACUGAUGACGUGUCACUCCCCAGCCUGAUUGGAUAAAGCAAAGGUUCAACUAAGUAUUAGAACAGGGUUCGUACAGAGUCUUGAAUUCUUGAAAAAAUCUUGAAACUUGCCCAGCAAUACAGUCUGGAAAAUAGAGAUAAAGUCUUGAAAAUGGUAAAAGCCUUGAGUUUACGUUCUGUUUUGUUUUGGUUUUUUUUUGAAAGCUGCAAGUGCUUUAUCAACGAACUUGCUUUUGUUUUGGUCAAAUCUUAUUCGAUCUCGCCCGUUUUUUCGCAGCGCAUCAUUAAAAAAGCUUUGUACCUGCGUUGUUAAGGUCUCUAUUGGUCACUGACCUAUUUGAUAACCUUGCGUCUGGAAAAAGAAGUUAUUGUUUUGGAAAAAAGUCUUGAAAAGUCUGGAAUUUUGGAUCCAAAAAUCUGUACGAACCCUGUUAGAAGUAAUACCCAGAUCUGGGUAGCGACGCGUCAUAAAUAUGGAGUUUCUACGCUCGUUUCGCGGUGGCGUUGAGAAACGUUGUCUGUUUUCUCAGAUUAGUGAGAAACUGAAUUCUAAAAAUUAAUGUCGAUAUUUUUUACAUCUGAUUUUUAGUUUUCUUGAGAGCAAAACGGUUGAUUAUUUGUAAUUAUUUUUCCUUUCUUUGCAGGCAGCUUCCAACGAGUUUGGAGGAACUGCUGGAGUAUCAGUGGGAUCAGGGAGCCCAGUUUCUUAUGCAACAGGCCUCCCAAUAUGAUGGUAAGAAUUGCAUACAAAAACGUGUGACAAUAUCAGAAGGGGUCUGUCAUACAGCUACUUCAAGAAAGGUUGUCGGAAAAAUGUGCACGCGACAAUCUCGAAAGGUAAUAUGGCAUAUGUUCAAUACACUGUUCCUGACAGUGUAGCUGUCGAACCUGCUUUUGUUGCUCUCCUUUAGCACUCACAGACGUAUGUCCAUGGCCUCUCCUGCCAUUCUAUCAAAUGUGAACUCAAAACCACCCACAAUACCUUUCGGGCUUGUCGCGUGCACUUUAUCCGACAACCUUUCUGGAAAUAGCUGUAUAUGUCUUUAUGUGGAACCUUACCAAAUUAUAUUGGUAAGUACUGUAAGUAUCAGUGUAGUAAAAUGAGAAAACGCGUAUCAGUUAAGCAAAAAGUAAACUUUCAAGGAUCAAGGAUGAUUUUCAAGGGCCAAUUUCAAAUGACAAACCGAGAAGAGUGAAGCCAAAAUUUUACGCAUUUUCUACAUUCUUCUCUUCAGAUGACAGCGUAUUUUGGAAAUACCAUAUUUUGUUAGUCCAGUUUCUUUGAGAUUCAGGAACCAUGUAACAUACCUUGUAAACUUCAAUUUUUGGACAGUAAGUGUAACACCAGCCAUGAAAGAAAGUAUUGAACUCACGACCUUCUAUUACAACUCUCUAACCACUCAAUCUGGGCCAGGUAGUGAGAAUAAAGUUAGGUUUCAAUGUUGUGAAGAUACCGACAUGUAAACAACGAAUGUUGUAAGUGGAAGUGUAUUUUUAUGCCUCUUUGGUAUACAUUUUUUUGCAGUUGCUUCACUGAUGUCCAGUCUUCAUCAGCUGAAAGCUGACAACUCUCGCCUCGAGGAGCGUCUCGCCUCCUUGACAAACCGGAAAAACCAGUUACUGCAAGUCAACGCUCGACUAGCCACACCCAUGUCUUGCACAAGUACAAGCCUAACAGCCACUCCCAGCGUGGUGAGUCAAUCCACUCCAACCUCCUCUAGAGCUGCAACGGCCGCAUCACAAGGGUCACUAUCUACUGAGACAAAAACGACCCAGAGCCUUGAAGGACCACGUGGAACCAUAAAAGCAGGGGCUGACGGGGCACCUAAGCUGAAAGUCUCUCAAAGUGCUGAUGGAGGGAAGGUCCCUUUAGUUAGUGAGGGCAAGGCGCCCAUGAGCGCCAAUGUUAAGCCAGGGAGCAUCACUGGAGGUAAUCAUCAGUGUUUAAUAAAUUUUCCAAGGUGAAAUAUAUACCUCUAGCCGAUUUUUUAAAACCAACCUAACGGAAUUUGCCGUCAUUUGAGUAAAAAGGCGUCGGAAGGCAAUUUUUUUGGACCCGAUAAACUCCAAAAUCACACUAACGAUAAAAAAGAAAAGGAAAAAAAGAAAGAGCAAGGAGGAAGAAAGGAGAAGAGGAGAAAAAGGCGAUGGUUGCACUCUUAGUUAUUAUAAUGGCUACUUUGGAGAUAAUUUUGGACGAACGUUUGGACACAAAAGGUCCAUUUGGCAACGCCAGCCUGAUCACCCCUGAGUUCAGUGUGCGAAACAAAGUCCUAUUACAAAAUUAUUGUGUCAAUACCAAACGGCGAGAUUAUCAUCAUUGGAAUAAUAUAUAUAUUUAUUAUAAAUGUAAUGGUAACAAACCUUAGUACCCUGAUUGCCAGAUAUAUUUCUUGCACGGUUUCAGGUUUCGGUCAGGCCGAUGAAUUUUAUCUUCGCCGCUCGUGGCUUCGAUCCCGCUGCAGGGUCCGAAAUUAACUUUUUAAUACGGGCGCCAACUGGCGAUGAAGUAUAAAUUUUUGGUCGCCAGAGGGCAAAUUGUGGUCGCCAAAAAUUUCCCCUCCCUAUUUUUCAAAUAAAAGUUUAAACAAGAAUAAAAAAUGCAUGGUAUGGACGUUUUUAUGCUCAAAAAUUGCAAUACUUUCGCUCCCGAUACCAGAAAGCAACCGUACGUGUACGAGUGAAGUCUUAUUUUUUCCACAAAUUACUUUUUGGAGAUAUAGAGCUGUCUGACCUAGAACGUAGGAACAGAAAGCUGUCUGCCCAUAACUGCACUAAUCAUAUCAAAACUCUAUUUUCUUCCGAUAACUACCACGAAACACGAAACAUAAACACGAGUCAAGCCGCGAUGCCCAUAUCACUGUGACAGUACCAGGCCACAACUGUGCCACAUUACUCGUACCAGUCCACAAAGUACAUAACGUACUUACCGUAUUUCAGCUGAAAACAACAUAGCGGCUUGGAAACGUUCAACUCGUAUUGAUCGUAGCUGUUGUGGAGGUAUUAUUCUGAUUAUUACAGGAAGAUUCGUUUCACUUUUAGUUAAAAAAUAUCACCAGGACAAAAAGUAAGACAACUGUUGGCAAAUAGCUUCGAGGUUUCACUUCUUAAUCAGUUUCUCCGAACCUUAAAGUCCACAAUAACAACCAACUUUACAAGUCGCUAGCUGGCGACCAGCUAUUAAAUUCUGGUCGCCAGGACUAAAUUUUUAGUCGCAUUGGCGACCAGGAAGGCGCAAUUUCGGACCCUGCCGCUGCGCUCGUUAAAAUUAACCUCUGGUACUCAGGGUAAAACAAACGCCUUUAUUUAUUACUUUUUUUAUUAGGCGAACAGAGAAUGGUAAAUGGAGGACUUGCCAAGGAUAACAAGACGAAGGAGCCGCAAGUCAAGCGCCCGGAGACGAGCUUUAGUUCUGCACAGGGCAUUUCCUCGUCUUCACCAUCCUCAACUUUACAGAAACAAUCUCUCAAUGUAGGUGGCUUGAUUCUGCAGCAGCCGAAGACAAACUCUCCUCAACAGAUUCAGCAGGAAAAGCAGUUCAAGCCGACACAGGUAAACGCCGCAUUACAGCCGAUUAUGGUUUCUACACUGGCCACUUCGAAGCCCGCCCAACAACAACAGCAUCAGCAAUCGCAAUUACAGCCACGCUUUCAGCAGCAAAAAAUAAUCCUCCCCCAGCCGUCGCCCACAAGCGUAGCAUUUUCCCAGGCACAGCAAACGCCCAGUCAACAACACGUCCUCCUACAGCUUAUAAAACAACAGGAGGACCAUCACCGCUUGCCCAACCAGGCCACAUUCGGCCUGGACAAACAACAACUAGGGACCCAACAAGCGCAGGCCGCAAAGUUGUUACCCACCACGGGUCCAAAUCAGGGGCACUCACUGUCACUUUCGUACCCUGGGUUUUUGACAUUCACGGAUCAAAUGGCACUAAGUGGGGCCCGCGUGGACAUGAUGAAAGCCACACACUUAGCGCCUCUUUCCAUGGUCUCCUUAGACGGCAGUCAGGCGGGGACUAAGGAUCGUGCUCAGGUAUGCCCUAAUAAAUACAUUUAAACCGCAUUUACACGCGCGAAAAAAAUCGGCACUGCACGCCAAACUUUUGGCACCAUGCCUCGUUUACCCGUGCCGAGACUACCUCCGGGAGGUAGCGGGAGGUGGUCUCGGCAUCCCUUAAAAUUUUGAGCACUGGUGCCAUAUUACAUUUGGGACCGAUACGUUUACACGUCGAAAAUUGGGAGUGCCGUGCCUUAAAAUCGUAGGCACGGUGCCAAAAAUUUGGCGUGCCGUGCCGAUUUUUUUAGCGCGUGUAAAUGGGGUUUUAGUUACACAGGGUUCGUACGCAUCUUGAGAACCCGAUACUCCGGCUUAAGACGAGCACCUUAGGUUGAUGUCUGUUGCUCUCUAGUCAUGAGGGAACUUUAGCAACCGCGACUCUGGCGACGGCGACGAGUCUCAGAUCCAGGGUUAUAAAUAGAGAGCUUUAGAUUUGAGGACGAGUACGAGUAGGAAAUUUAACUUAAAGUUUUUGCGUAUGUUCUCAAAAAAAGACACCUUGGAAAGCUUUAUUUUACUUUUUUCCCCCUGAAGGAGGUUUAGCCCUCUCCCGAUAGGUAAAUGAUAAAACUUCGUACAUUUGAUAACCUGUUCCCGCCGCUACGACAUUCUCGCUAUAACUCGUGGUAGAAUGACGACGGCUAUCACAUUGUCCCAUCCAAAAUGACGCUGGUUCACGCUUAAGCAGUACUCAGUAUUGAGAAAAUCUCGUACUCGUAGUCGUCCUCCUCUCAGAAUCUAAAGCUCUCUAUUAGUGUAUGAUAACGGAACAACUAGAGAACAUCUUGUAGAAGAAAUAGACUGUUUUAGUCUCAAUAAAUAAACUGUCUUGCCCAUCAAAAUUUGUUUUGUGUUGACAUUCCAAAAAGGAAUAUCGUAAUACCGGGAAUACAGGGGUUUCGUUUCAGGCUGAAAACCGGACGCCGGACGCAACGGUUGUUUGACAUGGAACGUCCGGUAGUUCACACACGAAAUAAUAAGUAUUUUUUCAAGUGUGAAAAUCGUUUUUACCAUUUAUUAACCAAAGAAAGACUUGACCUUAUUUUGCUCACUUAGUUAUGUAAUGCAUACAAUCGAGAAAAAGAGUUAAUUGCUAUCAUACACAUGUAUAUUUUUUUGGGAGCAUUUUAUAACGCCUUAAAAGACCUUCCCGGUUACCCAAUUCCGGUACAGGGAACGCAGGAAAUUGCAUUUUAGAGAGUCCAAUUUUAAAAAUUUCCCGGGGGGGGGGGGCAUGCCCCCUUAGGAGUUCGUGCCUCAGGCACUCAACGUUCGCCCCAGCGGCGUGAACGGCGCACGUCUGCCAGCUGAACCACUGCAUCCGGUACCUCCUAAUGCUACCUAAAACCCUGAGAAUACCUGAAGCAACAAUUAGCAAAGUUGGUUAUUGUGCGGCCUUCUGUUAGGACGGUUCCGAGUUGGUUUCCCAGGUGUUACCUCAAAAUCGUUGUUUCGGCGUCUUUCCUCACCGAGUGGCUGAAAGUAGCUUUGAAUACCCGUAAACACUGAUGGAGAGACGGGGGUAAAAUGGGCACUCCGUCGGCCUCAGGUUUGCCAGUCAAAUGUGUACUGUCCCUACCUUAACAUUGUUUUAUCUUUCCAUCUUACAUUGUUUUCCUUCUUUCUUUCUUUCUUUGCAGUAUUUCGACCUGGACAAAAGUUCAAAUUCCUUGGAGAAAACUUCGAGAAAUGGUUAGCGGUCGUUCAUCAAUCGUCAUAUUUCAGAGGGAAAUAUCGACUAUCUGCUGUUCCGGGAACAUGUAUCUUAGAACGAACAGUAAAAUGCCAACAAAGAAAACUCCAACGGAUCAGUGAAAGCGUGAACAGUACGAACGUAACACUGGCCGUUGUUUUGGCUGAUGAGAACAAUGUACAAUACGGUUUUUAUCGUUGCUUAACGAAAUUGGUUCUCUUUAGAACAUGUUAUUUCGAAAGUAAAGCAUAGAAUGAGGCCAAUUUUAUUGAAGAGCUUACGCAAACACGACAGCGACAGCAACGAGAACGGCUAAUAAGCAAUAGGUUUAAUGAGCAAUACAAUUCUGCACAUCCAUCCCACUUCUUGGUAUGUAUCUUUGCCUUCACUGCACGACAACGAAGUUAAUCUUCCUAACAACACAUUUUAUGACGGACAUAAACGCAAGGAGACUAUUUUUGUUCUAGCUUUCCGAAUUUGGAUACAAUCCUUUUAGAACUCGAGUCCAGAAAAGUUCGCGUAGAGAAAAAUUCGGGGGGCGAGUUAGAGUAAUCGCAAGGACGUUUGAAACACAGGAGUCCUUUUUUUUUUUAACGUUACGUCUUCUGAGCAAGAAGUCACCUGAACACUUCUGUUCUACUCGCUCAUUUUUGUACAGUUAAUCUGUUAUCAUUCGCCUAAAACAUUUCCUGCUUUCUCCUUCUAUUUAUUUGACUACUUUCUUUGCCAGACUUUCUCGAUUCUAGAGUUACAACAAUUCCUUUCGCUCAAUGUCAAAGGGAGAGAAGAGCUUUCUUCUCCGUUUUCCAUCGCUCGCUCAUUGUAUUAUUCAUCUUAUCACUUCGUCCUCUUUCAAGUUUAUACAGCUUGUACAUAAAAUGUAUUCACAAACAUUUAUUUUGAGAUCAUAAGCCCUGGGUUUAGCUUUUGUAUACACAAGACGCAUUGCCUAAAGACUGUUUUUAUGGUUUUUAUUUGAAACAGCCGGAUAGUUAAAUGAAAUGCGUACAUGUAGCCAUUCGCCACUUUAGAAACCAGAAGGAAACUGGGCCGAGUUGACUUUCGCAAAGACUUCUGGGAUAGUUACAAGGGAAAGGGAAAAAAAGGCCAAUAGCUGACCGGCGCAACUAUCCCAGAAACAAUUGCGGGGCGCAUUUUGGCGCCAGUUGCCUUCUCGUUUCUAUAAGUGGCGAAUUGAAACCAAGGUCACUGAGCAGUAGCAGUGUCUCUGUGUGUCGCUGUUUAUUGUGCUUUUCACUCGGGGUAAAAAAAAAUCCAAACGUUUGACGGUCCAAUAAAACUGAUUUAAGUACUCCCCUUGAGAUUUCCAUGGUGUCUAUUUGUGUGUGUGU